CUCUUCUGUCUGUUUCCCAGCGGUCACCAUGGGGUCGAGGAGCAGAGAGAGCUGGGCCGGCACCCUCGCCUCCUUCCGUGCGUGUCCCAGGGCUUUCCUCUUAUCCCACGGAGCCGGGGACGUCUUUGCAGCUGAGCUGCUGCAGGAACUACGCAGCGAGAAGCUGGGAGAGCAGAUCAAGGUCUCCGUGCUGUCACUGUUCCUGGAAUACCCCACCCAGCUGUGCCCAGAUGCCAAGGCCGGGCAAGAAGCUGCGUCGGCCUUCCUGUCCCUCUUCGCCCACCUGGGUCCCCUCCCCAGGCACGCCCCCUUGCGCUGCCAUCUCCUCUUCGCCGCGGGGACGGUGCUGGUGGCCACGGACGCCUUCGGUGAGGACUGCCAGGCCGCCGGCGAGUACCUCUCCCAGCUGCUGCUCCUGGCUUCCGACCUCAACGACCGCCAAGGGGGCCCCGCGGAGCGGCCCGUCCGGGCGGCCGCCUGCGAGUGCCUGCGGGAGCUGGAGAGCUGCUACCCCGGCCUGCUCUCUCAGCGCCUGGAGGUGCUGCGCUCGCUGCAGCGGCAGGAGCUCUCGCCCGCCCACCAGGGCUACACGCUGCUGUACAGCCUGGCCCUCCGCCACGCCGUCCUGCUGCUGGCCCGGGGCGGCCAGGGCAGCCUCGGGCAGGUCCUGGCGGGCAGCGGCGGGCUGAAGUGGGAGGCCACCCGGGAGUGGGCCGGCGUCUCGGCCGCAGCCGUCGACCAGCUGGCCCUGCUGCCCUCGCCCGGCGACCUCAAGGAGCUGAAGGCGGUGGUUUCGGCCCUGCUGGAGAGCUCCUACCUGCUCUCGCCGGCCGCCCAGAGCCACGUGCUGGGGCAGCUGGCCCAGGUGGUCGGCGUGGUGCGCACCCAGUCGCCCGCCAUCUUCAAGGCCCAGCUGGUGCGCCUCUUCGGCGCGGCCGACGCCUGCCUGCAGCACAGCAUCCUGCAGCUCAAGGCCCUCUUCACCGACAGCCUGUUCACCGCCGAGGACGAGGCGUUCCUGCUGCGCCGCCUGGUGGGGCUGGCCCAGCACCCAGCGCUGCCCGCCCCAGUCAGCCUCUUCCACCUGGACUGCCUCCUGCACUUCCCCGAGAACCGGCCGCUGGGCUCGGGGGCCGACGAGGGGCUGCCGGUCCUGCUCACGCCACGCACCGCGUCGGGGCUGUUCCCGGGCCUCUUCCAGGACCAGGGCACCGUCUUGGCCCGGCUGAACCUGAUGUGCCUGGUGUGUGUGGAGAGCGAGGGCCCUGCGGCCGAGCAGGGGGCGAGCUACCUCCUGGAGCACGUGCUGGCCCUCGGGGGGCUCGUGGCCAGGGGAGGGGGGCCGGAGGCCACCCGGCUUUUCUUCCAGGCGCUCUACCUUUUCGCCCGGUACUUCGGCUCCCGGGCGCAGCCCAUGGAGGAACUGAGCCAGUGCUUGCUGGACCUCUAUCGCCGGAACUGUGUCCUGGCCCCGUACGUGAUCAACCUGCUGGACGAGGUGCGGGGCACCCUGGAAGAGGCUGGCUGGGCCUGCUCGCUCGCCCGCUCCUUGCAGAAGCUCGUGGCGAGCGUCCCCUUGCGCGAGGAGCACCUCCCUUGGCACCUGAAGCUCCUGGCCCGGCUGGCGAAGGAGAAGGACCUCCCGCAAGGAGGCACCCUGGGCUUCCUGAGCCACCUGGUCGCCUCCGGUCGGCUUGGGGACUGGCGCUCGGGGCAGCUCCUGCUCAGUGUGUGCCGCAACCUCAUGCAGCUGCGCCCGCUGCCUGCCCCGGCCCGGCUGGCCGACCUCCUGCAGGCAGUCUCCCUCAGCCACGCGGACGUGGACGUCCAGGACCGGGCUCGCUUCUACUACACCCUGCUGGCCAGCCUGUCCGACGAGAAGCUGAGCGCCAUCCUGGCUGCGGAGGGCCCCGUUAAGGCUCGGACGCUCUCCGCGUCGAUCGUGGCCGACAGCGAGAGCUUCGUCGCCGCGCUGACGGUGCACCCGGCCGAGCGCGCGCCCCUGAGGCUGCAGCGGGUGGAGGCCGGUGGCAGCGAGCCGGCCGCCUGCCCCCCCUCCCAGGAGGUCGAGGACCACUGCCACUGGCUCUUGGAGACCCGCUCCCCCUCGCGGCUCAGCCUGAGGUACCAGCUGGUCCACACCGGCCCCCCCACGCACCCCCACGCCCUCCUGCUGUGCGUGGUGCUCCGCUUCACGUGCUCCGACCGGCACUACGAGCCCGUGCCGGAGGUGUGCGUGCCCUGCCUCUCGGCACACCACCCCCCACAGGCGCUGACGCUGACGCUGGAGCCCUGCUGCCCGUACCCGACACGGGUGGACGUUUCCGCCCUGUACACCACCCAGGAGGGACUCACCCACUACAGCCAGCUGGAGCCCGUGGAGGUUGCCUUCCCUGACCUCUUCAUGCCCCUCGCAGUGCCUGCCUGGCCCCCGGAGAAGCACUGCUGCCUGUUCGAGGCACUCUGGGACCGCCUCUGCCCAGACAGCCGUGAAACGUGUGCCGAGAGCUUGGCCAUCUGGCCGGUGCCGCUGCCGGCACUGGGGGCCCUGGUGCGCGAUCACUUCGCCAGGUACAUUGUGGCCGAGCAGGCCAACUCCUACAAGAUCGGGGUGGCCCUGCCUCCCCGGUACCACAUUCUGCUCAGGGUGCAGAGCGUGGAGGACGCGGCCCGGGUGUCCAUCCGUACGGACAACUGGAAGCUGUUGCCUUCCCUCAACUGCUACUUGCAGAGCCUGGUGAAGCCGAGGUGAAGGUGGAAAGAGGAAGCGAGGAGGCCGCUGGGCCCGCCGUGGCUCACGCUUUACUCUCUGUCAGUUCCUUCAUCACAGUGAAAUAAACCCUAAUGAUGCAGA